CUAUAAUACACUACCUUUAUUGUGGAGUUUCAGAUUAAAUCAGAUUCCUUUACUACCAUCAUAAUUUAUUUGACAGGAGUCAGAAGUGAACAUUAGAGCAAAAAUGUGUUUCCUUGAUGUCAGUUUGAGGUAAUUAUGCUGAGAAAGACCUCUGUCAAUAUUCUGCAAGUGAGAGGUGACUUCAUCUCUGCCUUACAGUACUAGAUUCAGUGAAGAAAAACUCCUUUCCAGAAACUGAAGACUCAGCAGGCCUCAGAGAGAGCAUUUGGAGGUUCUUUUUAAAAUGUCUUUUCCACCUCACUUAAACCGUCCUCCAAUGGGAAUCCCAACCCUUCCCCCUGGAAUUCCACCUCCACAAUUCCCAGGUUUUCCUCCACCUGUACCUCCUGGGACACCAAUGAUUCCUGUGCCAAUGGGUAUUAUGGCUCCUGCACCAACGGUAUUGGUUCCAACUACAGUGUCGAUGGUUGGGAAACACAUGGGUGUUAGAAAGGAACAUCCAGGUCUAAAGAACAAAGAAAAUGAUGAAAACAGUGGCCCCACCACCACUGUCUUUGUAGGCAACAUAUCUGAAAAGGCAUCAGACAUGCUUAUACGACAGCUUCUUGCUAAAUGUGGAUUGGUUUUGAGUUGGAAGAGAGUUCAAGGAGCAUCUGGGAAACUCCAAGCUUUUGGAUUUUGUGAAUAUAAAGAACCCGAAUCCACACUACGUGCACUGAGAUUGCUACAUGAUCUCCAGAUUGGAGAAAAGAAGCUACUUGUUAAAGUUGAUGCCAAAACAAAGGCUCAGCUGGAUGAAUGGAAAGCAAAAAAGAGGGCGUCCAAUGGGAACUCCAGGCCAGAAUCUGCAGCCGAUGAUGAUGAAGCCCUGGAUGAAGAAGCAAAGAGAAGAGACCAGCUAAUUAAAGGGGCAAUUGAAGUGUUAAUUCGGGAAUAUUCCAGCGAGCUCAAUGCCCCCUCUCAAGAGUCUGAUUCUCAUCCCAGGAAGAAGAAAAAGGAAAAGAAGGAGGACAUUUUCCGCAGAUUUCCAGUGGCCCCACUGAUACCUUAUCCACUCAUCACCAAGGAGGAUAUAAAUGCUAUAGAAAUGGAAGAAGAUAAAAGGGACCUGAUAUCCCGAGAGAUUAGUAAAUUCAGAGAUACACACAAGAAAUUGGAGGAGGAAAAAGGCAAAAAAGAGAAAGAAAGACAAGAAAUUGAAAAAGAACGGCGUGAAAGAGAGAGGGAACGGGAACGCGAAAGAGAAAGAAGGGAGCGUGAAAGAGAGAGGGAGAGGGAGCGUGAACGAGAGAAGGAGAAGGAACGGGAGCGGGAGCGGGAUAGAGAUCGAGAUCGCACUAAAGACAGAGACCGGGACAGGGAAAGAGAUCGAGACCGAGACCGUGAAAGAAGCUCAGACCGGAAUAAAGAUCGGAGCAGAUCUAGAGAGAAAAGCAGAGACAGAGAGAGAGAACGUGAAAGAGAACGGGAGAGAGAGCGGGAGAGAGAGCGGGAGAGGGAAAGAGAACGGGAGCGGGAACGAGAAAAGGACAAGAAAAGAGAUCGAGAAGAAGAUGAAGAAGAUGCCUACGAACGGCGCAAACUGGAAAGGAAACUACGGGAAAAGGAAGCAGCUUAUCAAGAGCGUCUUAAAAACUGGGAAAUCAGAGAACGGAAGAAAGCUAGAGAAUAUGAAAAAGAAGCUGAGAGGGAAGAAGAAAGAAGACGGGAGAUGGCAAAAGAAGCUAAACGUCUUAAAGAAUUUCUAGAAGAUUAUGAUGAUGACAGAGAUGAUCCCAAAUAUUACAGGGGAAGUGCUCUGCAGAAGCGAUUGCGAGACAGAGAAAAGGAAAUGGAAGCGGAUGAACGGGAUCGAAAGAGAGAAAAGGAAGAAUUAGAAGAAAUCAGGCAACGUCUUCUUGCAGAAGGACAUCCAGAUCCUGAUGCAGAGUUACAGAGGAUGGAACAAGAAGCUGAAAGACGUCGGCAGCCACAGACCAAACAAGAACCAGAAUCUGAGGAGGAGGAGGAGGAAAAGCAAGAAAAGGAAGAAAAGCGGGAAGAACCUGAAGAAGAAGAGGAAGAGCCAGAGCAAAAACCUUGCCUUAAGCCAACACUGCGACCCAUCAGUUCAGCUCCAUCUGUUUCAUCAGCAAGUGGCAACGCAACUCCCAAUACUCCUGGGGACGAAUCUCCCUGUGGCAUCAUCAUCCCACAUGAAAACUCUCCUGAUCAGCAGCAGCCAGAGGAAUACAGGCCUAAAAUAGGACUGAGCCUCAAAUUGGGUGCCUGCAAUAGUCCCAACCAGCCUAAUGCUGUGAAAAGAAAAAAACUCACCGUUGACAGUGUCUUCAAUAAAUUUGAAGAUGAAGACAGUGAUGACAUGCCCCGAAAAAGGAAACUGGUGCCUCUAGAUUAUGGCGAUGAAGACAAAAGUUCCUCCAAAGGCAGCGUGAAUACUGAAGAGAAGCGCAAACACAUUAAGAGUUUGAUUGAAAAAAUUCCUACAGCCAAACCAGAGCUAUUUGCUUAUCCUCUUGACUGGUCUAUUGUGGAUUCAACAUUAAUGGAAAGGCGAAUUAGACCAUGGAUCAACAAGAAAAUAAUAGAAUAUAUUGGUGAAGAAGAAGCUACAUUAGUUGAUUUUGUUUGCUCAAAGGUUAUGGCUCAUAGUUCACCACAAAGCAUCCUGGAUGAUGUUGCUAUGGUGCUAGAUGAAGAAGCAGAAGUUUUUAUAGUCAAAAUGUGGAGGUUAUUAAUAUAUGAAACAGAAGCCAAAAAGAUCGGUCUGGUAAAAUAAAGACUUCUUUUUAUGGUUUCAUUUCAAUUUUGUUUCACAUAACUGAAGAACUUUGAAGUUUCUCUGUGUUCAGAGACAUUUGUGAGACCUGUAUUUUUUAAAUGUAGAAAAUGUGAAUUUUUUUCAUCCUCUGUUUCACUGAGGCUAUCUUUGUUCCAUUUCUCUGCUUCCUUGAUUGUAAUUCUCCAAAUCCUAAUUGGUGGUUUUCACAGGCCAGAUAAAGUAACAGGUAUGAUUUAUAAACUACAGCUGCUGUAUACAGUCCUUGACCUUCAUCUUCUAGACUGCUUCUUGUAAAUAUUGAAGACACUCAUGUUUUAGAAAACAUCUCCACUUAUUACAUAUGGAAAUAAUUGAACUUUAUGUAAAUGCACCAGUCUCUUUCCCUCCAUUUUUAAAAUAGAAUAAACUUUAAAAUUCCAAAAAUGGAUGGGAGUCAUUUUGCUGGACGACAAUUUUCACCUGCAUGGAUGUGAACUUGUUCACUUGUUGGGCUUUGUAAUAUUUUAUAUGGCCUGUCCUGUAGAAAAAACAAAUGGUGGACUUGCAUAAACUCAGGACUUUAAUUUUAACUAUAUCACAACGUCUCAUACUUAGUUUUGUCAUCAUUGUUUUAAUUAGGACAAAUACCACACAGUUAUAAUUACUUCUAGCCCUUCUAAUAGAAACAUGACAUCUUAAUUUUUAUUACUUAAAACUGGAAAUAGAGGCCAGUUUGGGAUAUUUUGUGGAAAGCAAUGGUAUAAAGGUGUAAUUUGAGCAGAACAAUUUACAAUGUUAGAUCAUAACAUGUUAAAAGAUGAAAAAAUGUUUUACGUAAGCCAUCAAGUCAGCUGUGACUAUUCUUUUUUGUACUGUAAAAUGUCUGUCAGAUUUGUAGAGGGCACCAUUUCCUACCAUCUUACUCUAUGGGUUUUAUACAUAUGCUGAUGUGGUACAAAUAACAAUGUACUGUAAACUGCAUUUUUAAAAAUCUCACAAGUAAAAAAAAAACUGUAUGCCAUAGGCUUCUUGAUUGCAGGACAAACCCUUUCCAGGAAGCAACAACUUGUCUUAAAAAAUAACUCUUCUGAUAUCUCUUUACCUGAAGAAAUACAGAUCACUUACUCAGAAGGUAUAACUGUGAUCCCAUGUUACUGAAUUCUUGCAUCUGAAAACUUGUUCUUAAUGGGAUCCUAUAAAAGUUUCAUUGUGUAAAUAUUUCCAAUAUUAAAAAUGUAUAUAUUUGA